UGCAGUGAGGUCCCACAUACCUGGCCUCUGUGUCACCGGACCUGAUCAGAACCGCGUCCUGGGUAUAUUACAAGUUUUCAGUAGUGAGGGUUCACACGCACCUCAACGGGACAACACAACGUGAGACAUUUCUCCAGUCCAAGGCAAAAGUGAACAUGGAAUGGACAGAUUAAUCACAACCAAGAUUGUGAACGCAGAGGGAGGAUCAGGAGUUUCGGGGAAAGACAGUGUGACCACCACCACCAGACUGACAUCCCUUCCUCCAAAGGGCAGCAGUACUUCAGUGAACACUCAGCGGGUACUCACAUCUACCUCUAGCUCCAGCUCUGGUUCUAGUUCUGGUUCUGGAGGAACAGUGCUGGAGAGGAGGAUCAUCACCCAGAGCAGCGGAGGAGGAGGAGGAGGAGGAGGAGGAAGCAGUAAUGUCAUAUCCUUAGGUGGCUCAAGCAGCAGUGCAGUGCAGAUUGUGACUGGUGGAGUGAGCGGAGGAUCGUCUCUGACUUCAUCUUCUCUGGGAACAUCUUCAAGUGGAGCUGCUGGAGGUUUUGGAGCAUCUGGCAUAACCUCCUCUAUCGUUACAGUCGGAGUUUCUUCAGGAGGAGGCUCCGGGGCUUCUGCAAGCGCUUUCGAGUCCCAUUCUUCGUCUCAGUUUGUGUCCAGCUCUUCUUCUGAGUUCGGGAACCUUUCAGUUGGCUCAAUGAAUCUGUCCGGGGGCGGGUCUCACUCAUUAGUCAUGUCUUCUGGAGGAGGGGCUUCGUCGGCUGUUAUGUCAGCAGGAGGCGGCGCUACCAAAUACACCUCCUCUACCACGACAAGCGCCAUGAAGUCGGCUAGCUACUCACCGGUCACACAGAGGAAAAGCAGCCUGACCCUGCGCACUGCAGGAUAUGAAGGAAGCUCCAGUGGCAACUCCUCCCCUGAAUAUACUAGGAAAGAGUAUGUAGCAGCAGCAAGUGCAGUCACCAGAGGACGGACCCAGACAAGAGAGAGUGAGAUCAGAGCCAGACUGCAGAGUGCCUCUCCAUCCACUAGAUGGACCGAGCUGGAUGAUGUGAAGAAACUUCUUAAAGGUCGCUCCAGUAGCAGCAGUCCUCCUCGCUCUCCCACUAAUACACUCCCCAUACCUAAAAAAGCAAGUGUGGACACACGUAUAGAAAGCCACUCAGGUUAUGACAGCACUAUUCUAGAGUCUGCAUAUAACGGAUAUGGCUAUCACACCAACCCCAACAACCUCAGCCCCAACUCUACACUACAACACAAUGUGGGACUGCAGAACAACCUGGCCUUCAACACCUCAGCCAUCAGCAGUGGACUUUCUGCUGGAAAUGCAGUGUAUGGGAUGCAGAAUAACUUGGGCAGCGGUGGUGGUGGUGGUGUAGCGAUCACUGCAAAUGGGAUCAGUGUUGCUCCAGUAUACGGAGUGCCAAAGAACAUUGUGAGCACUGCAGCUACCACAACUGCUGCAGUCGCCCCCAGUAGCCCUGUCACCAGCGAUGACGUGUUUGUUAAGGAUUAUAAAUUCAUGCUGCUGGAGAAAGACAACGUUCCAGUGAAGAAAGAAAGCGAGAGGCUGAUAAUGUCGAAAGACACGGGCAAAACAUUCACCUCCACCACAAGCACUGGACUAUCAACUACGUUUUCAGAUGACUCUCUGAAAAGGGAGAAGAAGAUGAUUUCUGGAACCACAGAAACAGUCACAAUGUCAAAUGGUGUCAAAGUUGCUGCAACAAAGGACAAAGCUACAUAUGCAGAGAUACGUAAAGAUGAAUCUGGAGGAGGUGGAAUGGGAUUCUGCUCCUGCUGUAGCUGGUGGAAAUGGCUGCUGGGAUUGCUGUUGGGAUUGCUCUUACUGCUGGGGCUUCUCUGUGGACUCAUCGCUCUGGCUGAGGAAGUACGAAGCCUAAAGGCUCGUGUGGAACGUCUGGAAGGAGGACCCAAAAAUUCCGCUCACACUAGCCGCCUGUCAGUGCCGUCCUCCGUGAACAUCGUAGAUCCGCUGGAUUCUGUACAAUAUGACCGCACCCAAAUAACACGAACAGAAAACACUGUACAAUUAGGAUCUGAGCCAGUGCAGCCUGAUCCAGCCACACUACACAGGACCAUAAAACAACUCGUUCACUCUGAAUUACAGUCAGAGAGCGUCAGAGCUACACUGGCAUCCUCAAUGAAAGGAGAGAGAGGGGAGCCUGGGAGCAAAGGUGACCAGGGAGCUCCUGGGAUUAAAGGUGACGCAGGAUUUCCUGGAGUGCCAGGUCCUCCUGGUCCUCCUGGUCAUCCAGGACAAGAAGGUGCAAGAGGACCUAAAGGAAGUGCUGGUGAACCAGGACAUGAUGGCCCACCUGGACAGAGAGGCCGUGAAGGACCAACAGGACCCAGAGGAGAACCAGGACCACCUGGAGUUGGUGAGAAAGGAGAGAAAGGAACAUCUGGAGAUCCUGGACCUGCUGGACCUGCAGGACCAGCUGGACCUAUGGGACUCAGAGGUGAAGGGGGUGCUCCAGGUUCUGCGGGUGUCCCAGGGGCUCCUGGUCCUCAAGGCUUCCGUGGAGAGGCUGGUGAUCCUGGACCUAAAGGCGAGAGAGGACCUGUGGGACCUCCUGGAGCUAAAGGUGAUCAAGGAGAGAAAGGCCCCCGUGGUGUCACUGGAGAGCCAGGACAGCCAGGACCCAUUGGUCCACCAGGAGAGAAAGGACCUAAAGGAUCAGCAGGUGCCCCUGGGCCAGAUGGUGCUAAAGGAAAUCGUGGGGACCAAGGGCCAAAUGGGUUGCCAGGUCCUCAUGGACCAGCUGGACCUCCAGGAGAUGCAGGCGUGCCAGGAACUCCAGGGCUUCAGGGACCACCAGGUUUGCCAGGAACACCGGGUCAUCCCGGAGCUAAAGGUGAAGCAGGUGAACCUGGAAGAGUUAUUAGUGCAGGCUCUGCAUCCAACACUGUUGCUAUUCCUGGACCCCCCGGACCUUCUGGACCCCCUGGGCCUGCUGGAUCUCCUGGAUUAUCAGGUCCCAUUGGCCCUGCUGGUCUUCCUGGUCCAUCUGGACCCAAGGGAGAAAAGGGUGAAAAGGGUGAUGAUGGUGAACCUGGCACUUCUGCAAAAUCGUUUGAAAGAGUCAAGUUUGAGCCUAUUGCUGGUCUUCCUGGUCCUCCUGGCCCCCCUGGACCUCCUGGAGAACCCGGGAAACCUGGUGAAGGCAAACCUGGCUUACCAGGACCUGCAGGCCCACCUGGAGAGCCAGGCAUUGGUCUUCCUGGACCUCCUGGUGGCAAAGGUGAACCAGGAAGCUUUGUACCCAACUCAGAAACCUUUUUUGCUGGACCCCCUGGACCUCCUGGACCUCAAGGAGAGCCUGGACAUCCUGGACUACCUGGAGAACCUGGAGUUGGUUAUCCAGGGCCUGAAGGCCCAAGUGGACCCCCAGGACCUGCUGGCUUAUCAGGCCCUCAAGGCCCACCAGGCCCUCAAGGCCCACCAGGUUCAAAAGGUGAUGCUGGUGUCCCAGGGGCCCCUGGCAUCCCAGGAUAUUCUUAUGGUGGAGGAAGAAGCUCACCUGGACAACCAGGUCCACCUGGACCUCCAGGGCCUCCUGGACCUCCUGGUGAUGCCACUGGCUCUCCAGACAUUGCUAAUCAGCUUAAUGACCUUCUUAGAAAUGAUGGCAUUAAGGAAUACUUUGCUGGUCCUCCUGGGCCUCCUGGACCCCCUGGAAGUGUGUCUGAUGUUGAUCUGGCUAAUCGUAUUAUCAGUUACAUCCAAAGGGAGGAAGUGAAGCAGUAUCUGGUUGGUCCCCCAGGACCACCUGGAGCUCCAGGUAUUCCAGGCAUCAACCCUCAGGAAGUGGCUGGGAGAGUCCUCAAUCUUAUGAAUGAGCAGGGUAUACUGACACAAUCUGGACCCCCAGGCCCACCUGGUCCACCAGGACUUCCUGGAGGUGCCUACAAUGAUAUCCCACUUCUCCUACAAAAUGCUGAAUUUAGAGGCCCACCUGGACCUCCAGGUCCUCCUGGACCACAGGGACCUCCUGGAAUCACAGGAGGCCUGGUGUCCUAUGCUGAGAACGCACACCCGGAGCCGAUCCGUGCUCAGCUGCAGGAAUAUUUAAAGAGUGGCAGGGUGUUACGUGAUGAACCAAGCUUUGAAGAGGGCAAACAUUCACCUGUUGUGACGUUGGACUACCCCAAUAUUGCAGAACAUGUGGUGAACUACAUCAAAUCUCAUGGUUUGUUGUUGCGGGAUUUCAAAGAUUUUCAAGGCCCACCUGGUCCCCCUGGUCCCCCUGGACCACCUGGACGUCCUGGAAUCAGCCAUCCAUACAGUUCUUCUGGCAACAUGUCUGAGAUACUUAAAAUGAUUAGAGACCAAGGCAUUGUUGGACUACCGGGAAUACCUGGGCAGAAAGGAGAAAUAGGACAUACUGGUCCCAGAGGACAAAGAGGUCCUAGAGGUGAGCAAGGCAUCCCUGGACUACCAGGACUUCCUGGCAGCAUCGGGCAGAAAGGACAAAAAGGAGAAAGAGGAGAAGCAACCUACAUAAAUCACAGAAGAAAGAGAAGUACAGGUGUUUAGACUGACAGAAAAUCGAUCGAUUUUUAUAGAUAUAAAUUUUUUUGUCGUUUGCAACUUUUUGUAAUAGCUAACCUAUAGGAUCGGUACUUGCAGAAAGGAAUGUUCACAAAUCAUUGCUUUGACUCGCUGACCUUCAAGAUGUCAGAUUUCUUGACAUGACAAAAUGUAUGUACAUAUUUCAUUCCUUUAAGAAUCCAUAGAUGAGCAAAUAUUAGAUUAUAUAGUCAAAGUUAGGCCUAAACAUAUUGUUUCAUCACAUUUCUUAAUCCAAUUUACUUUCUUCUACUAUGAAUUUUUGAAGAACAAGUGUGUAACUUCAACAUUUGAAUAUUUUUGAUUCAUUUCCUGGAUUUUUACAUAGAAAAGCUCUGAUAUUGCUGUGUCCUCAUUUUCAUAUUCCUAGUGUGGGAUAUUCCAUGUAUUGUGAAACGAUUCAUACUUUUUAACUUCCUUCUUUACUAAUGAUGCUAAUGAGCUAGAGAGUAAAGAUCGUAACAGAACAUAUUUCAUAAUGAUGUAUUUUAAAGGGCAUUGAAUUUUUACUCUCUUUUUUUUUAACUGUAAUUGAUGUCAUUAUUAAUGCCAAAAUGGGGCAGUUGCAGCUCAGCAGUAAAGUAAAGGCUCUAGUGACCAGAUGUUUGUAAAUUCAGAUCCCAGAAUUGCCAGAGAGGCACUGGAGCAUCCUUAACCUUAAUCCUUUUACCUCCUUUAAUGCUUCUGUAUACUUGGAAAGUGACUUCGGAUGAAAGUGUCUGCUGAAUGAACACAGUGAAAUGGUUUUCUGUAUGAAAGUGGAAAAAUGAAUAAAGUUUUUUUUUUAAUAACA